UCAGAUGGUCAUACAAGAAUUUGGUGUCAGGUUAAUGAAAAAUACUAUAGAGAAUGUAUAAAUAGUACUGUGAAAUUUGGUGGUGGUUCUGUUAUGUUUUGGGGCUGUUUUUGUUGGUGGGGAGUUGAACUGUUAGUUGAAAUUAAAGAAUGGUGGAUGAAAUCGCAUAGUUUUAAUAUAUUAGAUUGGGCACCGCAUAGCCCUGAUUUAAACCCAAUAGAAAAUCUUUGGGAAUGUCUUGAUUCUGCAGUUCACUAUUUCGCUUUUCAUGAAUACGCCAAUCGAGAAAAAUUAAGAGCCCGUGCAGUGUUUAGUUAUAAACGCGAAGCCUUCGUUUAUUCUAAUGGUAACGAUUUUUUUGAUCUUGUGGCGGUGCCAUUCAAGGGCUGCGUAAUUCGUCUAUAA